GGGUCGUUGAAUUUUGAGAAAGUCGCCCGGGGCACUCAUGAUCAGAAUUAUUCAUGACUAACUUUGGUUCCACGCGGAAGGUAGAACUGAACAGGGUACCAGUAUCUUUCUGAGACACUUGAGAACACGUACUCAUUCGCACUGUCAUCGUCAAUGGCUGAUGUGAGCCCAAUGAUGAUGCCGAUCUGCGCUCGAAAAGACACCAUGCAGAAGAUUCCUUGCCACACUUAUUUUUGCUUGGGAACGAGGUCUUGGAUAGGUUUCAUAAUUUUUCUUUUCUUCCACCACUCCUCUUGAAAUUGUUAAUUAGCCUACAAUGAAGUUUGGACGAUCUGCUUUGACUCUUCUUUCUGUCGCCUACACGGCUUCCUCUGCCACAGCAUGGACCACGGCCAAUGUAGCUCGCAACCGCUUUGCAGCCGCUGCUCUUUUCUCCACCAUCACCGAGGUGGAAGGUGAAACUGCCACCGAGUCUUUCCGACUAAAGUUCAAGACAGACAGUGGAGUCAUCUCUCCUUGGCAUGAUAUUCCCUUGAAGGAUGGAGAUAACUACAACAUGGUUGUGGAAAUCCCCAAAAUGACCAAGGCAAAGAUGGAGGUUGCCACCAAGGAAGAAAAUAAUCCAAUUGCACAAGACAUCAAGAAGGGAAAACUGAGGGAUUACCAUGGACCCAUCUUCUGGAACUAUGGAUGCUUGCCCCAGACUUGGGAAGAUCCCAACGAGAAGCACCCUGAAUUGGGAUUCUUUGGAGAUGAUGAUCCGAUUGAUGUUGUGGAAAUUGGAUCCAAGUCCCUGGAAAUGGGAUCUGUCACACCCGUCAAGGCUUUGGGAGUGUUGGCCAUGAUUGAUGAUGGAGAAUUGGACUGGAAGGUCUUGGCCGUCCAAGUUGAUGAUCCUUUGGCAAAAGAAUACAAUGACAUUGAUGAUGUCCCUGACUCUGUCAAGGCCGGUGUCCGAGAAUGGUUCCGUUGGUACAAGACUCCUGAUGACAAGCCCAUCAAUGCAUUUGGAUUCGACGAGAAGUUUCUGGACAAGAAGGCUGCCGAUGAAGUGAUUGAAGAGACACACGAUGCAUGGAAGAAAUUGAAGGCUGGAGAUACCGAUGCCGGAAAAUUGUGGACUGGAAACUAAAUAACAAAAAACCAGAAAGGACUUGGAAAACAAAAACUGUGAAACAGUACAUCACAGCACACAAGAUGGCCAUUGGGCUAGUAGUAGUUUACAUGCUUUCCUUUUGGCAAUCGUACUAGAAGGGGAGCAAGCAAAACAUGUCUACGAAGCAUGAGACAUCCAUGUCUUACGUAAUAAUUAGAUAACUGCUACAUCGUAUACAUCAUCGGCAAGUCCCGGCUGCAUUG